UAUACGCUGUCUUUUGUUUAAUUUUUCUAUUUUCUAUUUUUGUUACAAAAAUGUUUGCCACUCGUAACUCGAUCAAGCUCGCUGCCCGCUCCUUCUCGACCGGCGCUGCCCUGCAGUCCAAGGUUGCCGUUCUCGGCGCCGCCGGCGGUAUCGGCCAGCCCCUGUCCCUCCUGCUCAAGGCCAACCCCCGUGUCACUGAGCUCGGUCUCUACGAUAUCCGCAACACCCCCGGCGUUGCCGCCGAUGUCGGCCACAUCAACACCCUGUCUAACGUGACCGGAUACACCGCCGAGGACCAGGAUGGUCUGAGGAAGACUUUGGAGGGAGCUGAGCUCGUUGUUAUCCCUGCUGGCGUCCCCCGCAAGCCUGGUAUGACUCGCGAUGACCUGUUCAACACCAACGCUAGCAUUGUCCGUGAUUUGGCCAAGGCCUGCGCCGAGUUCUGCCCUAAGGCCAAGCUGCUCAUUAUCUCCAACCCCGUCAACUCGACUGUGCCCAUUGCCACCGAGGUCUUCAAGAACGCCGGUGUCUACGAUCCCAAGAAGAUCUUCGGUGUCACCAGCCUCGAUCUCGUCCGCGCCUCGCGGUUCAUCGGCGACAAGGUCGGCAAGGUCGUCGAUGUCCCCGUUGUCGGUGGCCACGCCGGUGUCACCAUCAUUCCCCUGUUCUCCCAGGUUGAGGGUCUUAGCCUGACCACUGAGGAGCGCGACGCCCUGACCCACCGCGUCCAGUUCGGCGGUGACGAGGUUGUCAAGGCUAAGGACGGUGCUGGUUCGGCUACCCUGUCCAUGGCCUACGCCGGUGCUCGGUUUGCCGACUCGCUGAUGCGCGCUGCCGCUGGUGAGGAUGUCCUCGAGUGGGCCUUCAUCCGCACCGAUCUGUUCAAGAACGAGGGUCUUGAGUUCUUCUCAACUUACAUCAAGCUCGACAAGGAGGGUGUCAAGGAGAUCUUGCCCCUGCCCAAGAACAUCACCGAGUUUGAGCAGGAGCUGGUCAAGAACGCCAUCCCCGAGCUUAAGAAGAGCGAGACCAAGGGUACCGCUUUCGUCGCCAGCAGCAACUAAUUAUUUAUUAGAUUGAUCUCGUAUUUUUAAAAUAAACAACGCAUGCUUCAUCUCUUUUUUUGGUUCUAAUCGAUCAAAUUUAACCCGAGGGCCGAAAAAAGCCAACAAAAAACACCCGACCAAAUGCAUUUUGAAACUUAU